GCAAACAUAAGAGGAUUAAUGAAAUUGAAGUAACUAAUGGAUACAUUAUGAAUACUAUUGUUACAAAAGUUGAUAAAGAAACCUCAAAAUCUGUGAUGGAAGAUGGAAUCUUUAAUUCCAAUUAAUGACAUUAUAGAAAAUCAUUUGAGGUACUCGAAGGGUUUCCACGCCACCAAAGUUUACUUUUUUACAUAAAUAAGUUUUAAAAUUAAAAAGAUGGCACAACCAGAAAGAUUAAAGAAAGAUACCUAUUGGAAAGUAAAAAAAGAGAAAUUGAUCAGUCGAAAGGAAAUUAAAGAAAUAAAUGAAAUCACGGCUGAAACUAUUAGAACUCAUCAAGGAAUAUUACGUAAAAAAAGAACAGGAAUUACUGGAUGUAAUCGAACAAAUCGUUUAAUUUUAAUCGUUCACAAAACAUGUUAGCCGGUUUAU